GCUGUCUAUUCUUACCCUCCGGGAGGUUCUUGGUAUCUUGGCCGCGAAAGCAAGGGAUUCGUCAUGGGUAUUACACGCGACACGCUGCAUAAGCGCAGAGAAACCGGUGGGAAGCGAAAAAUCACUCGCAAAAAGAGAAAACAUGAAUUGGGUCGUCAGCCCGCGAACACCCAUAUCGGGCCCUAUUCUGUCACCCACUUACGUGUUCGAGGAGGAAACUAUAAACACCGCGCGCUCCGUUUAGACCAUGGGAACUUUGCAUGGGCAUCGGAACAAUGCACGCGCAAAUCUCGUCUGAUUAUGGUUGUGUACAAUUCCACUUCAAACGAAUUGGUUCGUACCAACACACUUGUCAAGGGCGCCAUCAUUCAAAUCGAUGCCGCACCAUUUAAAGAAUGGUAUGAAAAGCGCUACUCCACCUCCAUCCAGAAAGUCAAGUCGAAUAUUCGAUUUAAAGAAAUUUCGAAACAAGCCUCAGAAACCGUCAAACCUGAUGCAACACCUGCGUCUUCGACCCUUGACAAACACCAGCUAGAUCCGGCCAUAUCUGCACAGCUGAGCUCCGGACGCAUCAUGGCGAGAAUCACGUCCAGACCAGGACAAAUCGGACGUGUCGACGGGUACAUACUAGAGGGCGAAGAACUUGCCUUCUACACUCGCAAACUAGCCGAACGUAAGAAGCUCACGAAACACUAACGUCGCCCCACGGGACACCUUCUGCAACCGCGCCUAAAAAAAUAAAAAUAAAAAUAUUUUGUACA